GACUGCGCGCCCCGAGCCCCGUUCCGCGUCCCCGCCGCCGGAGGAGGUGCCCGCACGCUCGCGGCGCGCGCCGGGCCGCCACACUCGGCCUGUGGGCGAUUUCCUCCGGACCCGAGCUCCCCGCCCGAGGAGGAAGAUGCAGACCUUUCUGAAAGGGAAGAGAGUUGGCUACUGGCUGAGCGAGAAGAAAAUCAAAAAGCUGAAUUUCCAGGCCUUCGCCGAGCUGUGCAGAAAGCGAGGGAUAGAAGUGGUGCAGCUGAACCUUAGCCGGCCGAUUGAGGAGCAGGGCCCGCUGGACGUCAUCAUCCACAAGCUGACCGAUGUCAUCCUCGAAGCUGACCAGAACGACAGCCGGUCCCUGGAGCUGGUGCACAGGUUCCAGGAAUAUAUCGAUGCGCACCCUGAGACCAUUGUCCUGGACCCUCUUCCUGCCAUCAGGACCCUGCUCGACCGCUCCAAGUCCUAUGAGCUCAUCCGGAAGAUCGAGGCCUACAUGAAAGAUGACAGGAUCUGCUCGCCACCCUUCAUGGAGCUCACGAGCCUGAGUGGAGACGACACUAUGAGGCUCCUGGAGCAGAAUGGCCUGGCGUUCCCCUUCAUUUGCAAAACCAGAGUGGCUCAUGGCACCAACUCUCACGAGAUGGCCAUCGUGUUCAACCAGGAGGGCCUGAGUGCCAUCCAGCCGCCCUGUGUGGUCCAGAACUUCAUCAACCACAACGCAGUCCUGUACAAGGUGUUUGUGGUGGGCGAGUCCUACACUGUGGUCCAGAGGCCCUCGCUGAAGAACUUCUCUGCGGGCACGUCAGACCGGGAGUCCAUCUUCUUCAAUAGCCACAACGUGUCGAAGCCGGAGUCCUCAUCGGUCCUGACAGCGCUGGAUAAGAUCGAGGGCGUGUUCGAGCGGCCGAGCGACGAGGUCAUCCGGGAGCUGUCCCGGGCCCUUCGGCAGGCGCUGGGUGUGUCACUCUUCGGGAUUGACAUCAUCAUCAACAACCAGACUGGGCAGCAUGCGGUCAUCGACAUCAACGCCUUCCCAGGCUACGAGGGCGUCACUGAGUUCUUCACAGACCUCCUGAACCACGUGGCCACCGUCCUGCAGGGCCAGAGCGCGGCCACAGCGGCCGCGGGGGACGUGGCCCCGCUGAGGCACAGCAGGCUCCUGGCGGAGCAGGCAGGCAGCCUGGCAGGCGAGCGGACGUGCAGCGCUGGCCCCGGCUGCUGCAGCAGCAUGAUGGGCCCGGACCCCCCCUGGACGUCGGAGGCCGACGCGGGCGGUGUGGGCCCAGGCGGCACCACCAAACUCCCGCACCAGAGACUCGGCUGCACCGCCGCCGUGUCACCCAGCUUCCAGCAGCACUGCGUGGCCUCGCUGGCCACGAAGGCCUCCUCCCAGUAGCCGUGGAGCCCGGGACCCAGAGGGCGGCGUGGGCCGCAGAGUGCACCUGCUGGGUCAGCCCCUCCCAGCAGUGACACUCCUACUAAGAAUUCCCAGCGAUCUGAUUCUUCUUCUUCUUCUUCUUCUUCUUUUUUUUUUUUUUAAUUUUUAACCUGAUUUUCUGAUGUCAUGAUUGAAAUAAGGGGUGGUGGAGGGGGAGAUGGAAAAGAACCCUAAGUGGUCCAGCCUCGGGGAAGAUGGACAUCCCGCCUGAUACCUGCUGUGCAGAUGUCUUCACUGGGUUUACACUUGCUGUGUCUUCAACACUAGGUCUGAGUGUGAGGUGGGGUGUGUGUGUGUGUGUGUGUGAGUGUGUGUGAGUGAGUGAGUGUGCACAUCCACGUCUGCUCGUCUCGAUGGCUGCUGUGGAUCAGGCCUCGGGGACCCCGGAGGGGGCAGGCUUUUGGCAGCUGAGCAGAGCGAGUGAGGGGUUCCUUCUCUCUCUUUUCUGCAAGCUCUCUGCACCCGGGCCGGGCCCCCUCGCUGUCACCCUCCGACUGGCCACCCCCACAGCCUUGUGCAGAACAGGGCCUUAAAGCCCCAACUAGGUGUGCAGCUGUCCCUCCCAAGAGCAAGAGCCAGAGGGAGUGAGAGGUGCACCUACUGUUUCCUUGGGGAAUUCCAUGCAGGGGGUCUGGGCUGUGGGCCGCCUGUUUCCUGCUCACAAAAGGGAAGAAGGAAGGCCUCGAGUUGGCUUCCCCUUUCCACGUCCAGCUCCCUGGGGUCCCCCAGGCCCUUCAGCGUGGGUCCCGUGCAGCCCUGCAGGGGGGCCUCCUUUCCUGACCAGGUGCUGCUCCCCAGGACCCAGGAGGAGACUGCCUGAUUGGGACCCCCCGGGUUGAUCCCGCCUGUGCCAAGGAUUUGUGCCGUGACUUUGGACAAAUCACCUCCGGAGUUGCUGGGCCUCUGUGUCCUCAUCCCUGAUGAGUGGUUGAGCCCAGAGCACUCUGAAGGGCAGGCUUGAUGCCCCAGCCCCUGCGGUGCAGCCUGCUUCUCUGAGAAGUCAACCUGAUGCGCCUCCGCUUGGCAUUGAGGCGCUCGGGGGCCCUCUUCCCCAGGAUGGGGAGGCUGCCUGUAUGCUUCACGUCUUUUCACACCCGCCCAGCGGGCCCGCUCCACCCUUCUCCCAUACUCACUGUAAGCCCUAAGCACUAAGCCAGCCAAGUGUGAAGGGAGCUGCAUCCCCAGAGGGGAGGAAGCCAUUACCCCCUCCUCCAUGAGCAUCACCCCGGCCCCUGAUGGCGACAGAUCCCACCAGCCGAUCGGUCUGUUCCCACGGUGCAGCGGGCAGCCCACCUGCUCCUCCACAGAGAAGGGGGCCAGCGAGAGGCUUUGUCAGCCCUGGGACAAGGUGAACUUGGGUUUGAUGUAUAGGACCCCCUGAGCAUGAUCUUGUGUCUUCAGAUACCCGUUCACUUUGAGAAAGUGGGAAGGGCUGGGCUGCCCUGCAUGGUCCAGUGAGGGUGGCUUCAGAGAGGCUGCUGACCUGGGCGCUCAGAGGGACCUUCAGGCCCGGCUCAGCAGGGGCGUGGGGGGUCACCCACCUUCGGGAAAGGAAGGGCUGGGUGGUGGCCGCCAUCAAACGGGGCUGGGCCUGGGGUGAGGGUUGGUGCCAUCGGAACUGCCCGGCUGUCUUGCAACCUGAGGGCCCACCGACUAACCGCGUUUACACGACUUGAGUGUUGAACCCCGAUUAUAAUGUCUGUACGGCGCCUUUCCUAGUCCAACCCUGAGCCCCGGGGAAGCAGGAAAGUGCGGCUGGCCUCUUGCACUGCUUUGUCUCCAAAAUAAACUACUGAAAUCAAACUGCAUUUCACACGUGUUUACAAAUG